AUGCGAUUUGUGAGAGGUAGAAGCAAUUCUGAAUUUGAAUUGAAGUGCUUCAAAACGAUAAAGCCAUUUGUUAUUAAAUUCAUUCUAGCUGAAAGUAUAAUAGUGAUUGGUGAAAUAAAAGAAAGAUUAUAUAUAUCAGAACCAAAUCAAAUUUACGCAAUAGAAUGUGGUAAUUACGAAAUAACGCGAUACUUGUCGAUGAAAUUAUUGAAAAUUUCAUCAUUUUCACUAUCGAAAACGUUCAAUGUGGCCAAUACUGCGCAUUUCUUGCAAAAGCAAAUAUCUGCAUUAAAUAAUAAUAUUAAUUGUGUUAUCUGUCGACUGUGUACUAGUCUUGCGACAGACUACUGGAUAGCAACGAUCUACUGGAUUCAGAAUAUAUUUAGACACCUGCAGUCGAUGGCAGCAUUGCAAUCGGAUUGUGCAUUAGCUCGAGAUAUGAAGGAAGAACUCGAGAUGUUCCAUCUUAAAGUCUUCGCAUUUAAAUAUCGUCUUGCUGCCAUUUGCGAUGUCGCUUUUCCUUCUCCCUCUGAUGUUUUAAGUAAAAUUUCUGUGGAAACACUACGAAAUUUAGGAACAUUUGGAUCGGUGGCGAUUUGCUCACUUCACUUAUAUUUUAUAUCGAAAUAUCAAUUUAAAAUGUUUGUUUUAUAA